AGGUAAACAAACAAUUGCCGGCUCAACUCGUUCAGCGGAUUUUGCAUUUUACUAUUUAAUUGUAGUUCAAUUCCACGUUCUAGUUUAUUCUGUUUGUAACCAGCGCAAUACAGUCCUAGACUGUUUAAAGUUAUCUACUGAGAAUGGCACUGCUUGCGUUGCGUCCGCUGCUAGUCAAACAACGCCAAUUAUCCUUGAGCCUCCUACGAUGCAGCGGAUCAUCGUUACCCUCUCUGGUGCGGCAGUAUGCAACAGGGCAGGCGGAGCAACAAAAGUCUUCAUCGAAAUCGCUUUCCGCCGGCUCGGAUCGGACGGAUGUUUCCACCGACGUUCGGCCACUGGGAGAGCGUGUGAAGGAGAACACGAAAACGGCCAGUUACAUGGGUGUGAUCAUGCUCGGCGUUGGAGUGACCGGACUGCUGUUUUAUGUGAUCUUCUGGGAGCUGUUUUCGUCGGACAGUCCCAACAACAUUUACUCGGAAGCUCUUGAGCGAGUCAAGGAAGAACCACGCGUGCGAGAUGCGCUCGGUUCACCGAUCAAGGGUUUCGGAGAGGAGAGCCGUCGGGGCCGCCGGACACACGUGGCCCACACCAAGUACGUAAAGGAUGGUGUCGAAUACAUUCGGAUGCAAUUCUACAUACAAGGCAUUCGCAACAAAGGAACGGUUCAUCUGGAAAAACGCAAAACGGAAUCGGGAUCGUUCGAAUAUCGGUAUCUGUUCGUACAGCUAGACUACAAUCGCCAACAUCCAAUCAUCCUAGAAGACAACCGGCUCCAACAGGAUGCCGCCCACCAUGCCACGUCUGGAACCGCUCCACAGCCGUUAUUUUGAAAAGUGUUUCCGGUGAAAUACAAAGCUAUCUGUUCA